UUGUUGUGCUGUAGGUCAAAGCUACCCUACCCAUGCCUCAUUUCAGUCCCAAGGAUCCCUGAGUGAGCUGUUGUCGAAACCGCGACAUUGGAGCAAACUUACCGACAAAGGUCGAGAAGCGUUCCGUAGAAUCUACGGUUGGAUCUCUGAUGCUGAAGCUGUAGAUCUCCUUUGUUCGUUGAGUCCUCGUCGUGUAUGGCCAAGUGAAGUUCGCAUCGAACAUCCAUCGCCUGAAUCACUUUGGGAAAGCAAUAGCGCCCUGCUACCACCCGAAGAACCUGAUGAGAACUCUUUCAAACGAGCCGCGAGCGCAAGAGAAGACCAGUAUCUUCUUGCUGGCACUAAUCAAGCCGCUAAUGCUGGUUCAACCACCCGGAAUAGCCGCUGGCGACAUGAUGAUAUACCGAAAGAGAAGAUUAUGAGCAUAUUCCAGACAGAGUUGGCCAAGCUGAGGGAGCAGGAAUCCACACUGGAAAGAGCCAUAGCGACUCGAUCCUUUGGUGGCGGACAUGUGAGAAAGACUGAUGAUGCGGUACCAUCAUACCAUGAGAUGUCACACAACGAAAGAAUGGCAUCUAUAAGCCAUGCGCAUCAGGUAUGUCCGACUUUUUUCAAUCCUUUUUUUCUAGCAUGAUC